UAUGGCAUCAAUUUUCCUCCAGCUUUUGUGCGCCCUUUUGCUGGUCCAUUGCAUCUUCACACAAGAUUAUCCUCCAUGCAAGAUCAGAGACAUUUUGAUCACCCAGGAGAUUGUUGGUGUGGUCCACGGAGAUAUACCACAAUUUGAGGUGACCAUCAAUAACACUUGCUACUGCGAUCAAGACGGGGUCUUGGUUUAUUGUGCUGGGUUCGAGACCAUGGAGGAACCUGACCCAACCAUCUUCACAAUGGUUUCAACAUCGAUUUGCCUCAUAAAUCAGGGUUUAACCAUCUAUGAGGGUUCACCACUAACGUUCAGAUAUGCAUGGUGGAGGCCCUCACAUUUUCCUCUCAUCACUUCCCAUGUACUUUGCCCUUAAGCCAUCUACAUUGUCUUAAAUAUUUCUCUUUAGGCCUUAUAUGCAGUUAUGUAACCAGGGUUAUUAGUAUCCUGCUGGCCAUGGACCAUUGAGGGGGUUAGUGUCGUCAAAUUCGGUCCU